UAUGUGCAAUAAAUAUCACAUGGUGACUUUUUAAAACAAACGUAUUUGCGUUCUUGACAACUUGAUUUAUAUAUAUUUCAGAAAAAUGACAAGCACAGCUCCAGUAGAAGAGACUCGCAAAUUCGCAGUCUUCUCUCAAGAGAGCAUUCAGAUUUAUGCAGAGUCUUUAGGCAUAACUGAUCUACCAGAUGCUGUCAAGCAAACCCUUGCAGAGGAUGUGAGCUACAGACUUCGGGAAUUGGUUUCGAAAUCCACUACUUUUCUCCGCCAUGCAAGACGGAAACGACUGCUCGCAAAUGACGUCAACAGAGCUCUGUAUUGGAGCGACACCCCUGCUAUACAUGGCUCAUCAAACACACUGGAUUUUAAACAGGUUGCAGAUGUUCAUGUUCCCAUUGAUCCCACUAUCAAUCUGAGGGAUGAGAUUUUUGAUAUUGAGCUCAGACCUGCUUCCUCGUCCACAUUAUCAUCAGUGGAUGUGUCAUGUGAUAAAGAGGAACCUAUGCAACUUUCAGAACAAAGUGAACUGGACAGUGAGCAAGAAACAGAAGUCCGACUCCAACCCAAUACCGAUCAGUUCACGAAAUAUUACAGCACGUUGGUGGAGUCACUUCUUACUGACAACAAACCAGUUUUCUGUGAAAUGCUUACUGAUUUGAGGAGUAAUCCCAGAGUUGCCCCGUGCGUCCCAUAUUUUGUUACCUUUCUGACCAAAGCUAGCCUUGUAAGUCAUGAUCUCGACAAGUUAUCAUGGAUGCUGUAUACCAUGAAAGCUAUGCUCAUGAACCCUAAUCUUAGUUUAGUUGAUUACCUUAACCCCUUGCUUUCUUCUGCUAUGUACUGCGUUCUUGAGCCGUUAGCUGCUUCUAUUAACCCUUUGAAUGACCACUGGCUGCUAAGGGAUUACGGGGCGAGGAUAAUCACCCAGAUAGUGCACCAGUACCCCCAGAAAACAGAGGAAAUGUUGGGCAGUGUAAAAGUGGCGACCAGGAAUGUUCUUUCCGACCCCACAAAGCCGUUAUGUUCGCAGUAUGGCGCCCUGGCUGUUAUAUAUUAUCUUGGCGAGGAACCUGUACGGACAGUGCUGCUGCCAAUGCUCACCAAGUUAGUAGUCGAUCACAUCAUGCCAAUCACGAACGACCGUUCGCUCACGAGCGCUCAUAUGAAAGAAGACGCUCAGAAAGUGUUAGGCGCCGUCUGCCACUGCUUGCGACGGUGCUUUGACAAAAACAGUCCGAACGACCCGAUUUUGCUCGCGCAAAUUACAGAACUUUUCGGCGAUACCAUCUAUUAUAACUUACAACCAUACACUCCAAUUGGGGACUUAAAAAAAGAAAUAGCGCCACCGCAACCGUCAUACCCACGAUUUUCGAGCUGCGAACUGCCGACAAUCACUCCCCCUACGGUCAAAUUUCCCAUGCACGAAAUGUUCGACCGCGUGCGUUCAAUUUUCAACAAACCUAUCUACAUAAACUUCGGUACACCGAGGCCUGUGGUUCGGAAGUUCGGGUUUCAUCAAAACAGCUCUCAUAGACCGAACCCAUACCCACAAAUAAAUGUUUCGCAUCGAAAGUAUCGUGCACGGUCGGCCAGACUUACACGAUCGUAUAAUUUAUUAACAUCGUAUCUGUAAUUUUGUAUCUAUUACGUGUAUUGAAUAAGUUGUCAAUACAAAAUUUCAAAAGGAAAAUAAAUUUUAUAUUCAAUAUGAAAAA